GUACCCUUCAGCUGAUAUACCAGCAUGAGGAGGGAGAACCAGAGCAGCAUGUCCAAGUUCCUCCUCCUGGGGCUCCCCAUCUGGCCAGAGCAGCAGGGUGUGUUCUUCGCCCUGUUCCUGGGCGUGUACCUGACCACAGUGCUGGAGAACCUGCUCAUCAUCCUGCUCAUCAGGCUGGACUCUCGCCUCCACACCCCCAUGUACUUCUUCCUCAGCCACUUGGCCUUCUCUGAUAUUGCGUUCUCAUCUAUCACUGUCCCAAAGAUGCUGAUGAACAUGCAUACUAAGUACAAAUCCAUUCCUUAUGCAGGGUGCAUUUCACAGACAUAUUUUUUCAUACUCUUUGCUGAUUUAGACAGUUUCCUGAUCACUUCAAUGGCCUAUGACAGGUAUGUGGCCGUCUGCCACCCUUUGCAUUAUACCAUCAUCAUGAGUCAGAGCAUUUGUGUCACGCUGGUGGUUGGGUCCUGGGUCAUUGCUUGUGCUUGUGCUCUUUUGCAUACUCUCCUCCUAGCUCGGCUGUCCUUCUGUGCUGACCACACCAUCCCCCACUUCUUCUGUGACCUUGCUGCCCUGCUCGAAUUGUCCUGCUCAGACACUUCCCUCAACCAAUUGGUGAUCUUUACUGCAGGAUUAAUAGCCAUUAUGCUUCCAUUCGUAUGCAUUGUGGUUUCUUAUGGCUAUAUUGGGGCCACCAUCCUCCAGGUUCCUUCUACCAAGGGCAUCUGCAAAGCCUUGUCCACUUGUGGAUCACAUCUCUCAGUGGUGACUCUCUACUAUGGGGCAAUUAUUGGUCUAUAUUUUCUUCCCUCAUCCAACAACACCAACAUCAAGAACAUAAUUGCUUCAUUGUUGUACACAGUGUUCAUUCCCAUGUUGAACCCCUUCAUUUAUAGCCUGAGAAAUAAAGACAUGAAAGGGGCCUUGAGAAAACUCUUGAGUAAGAAAACAUAUUCUUUCAACUGA